CUUUUUGCUUUGCCGGGCUUGGCAUCUUGUUGCCAUGGAAACGUUGGCCCGUCCCUUUAUUUCCGGCUUCCCAUAAUGCCGCGCGCAAGCAACAACCAUAGAGCUCGAGCGAGGCCCAAGCUUGGGAGAGUCUACGUCUAUACCUCCCGUUGUGAUUGGCUGCCGUUGGCCCGCGGAGCCUAGGAAGAAGAGGACUUCCGGUUGCUAAAGAAGCCAGAGGGGGUCUGCGCCUUCUUCAGCCCCUCCCCCAGGUUGGUCGCUUUCUCUUUUCCCUUCCCUCGACUCGGGCACCCUGCCUCCACGGAGCACCAUGCCCGUCCAGCCCCUGCCCAAGGAGGUGGAGGCAGAAGGCGACUCAGCGGCUGAGAUGAACGGGGAAGAAGAGAGCGAGGAUGAACGCAGUGGCGGCAGCCAGUCGGAAUCGGAAGAGGAGAGUUCAGAAAUGGAUGAAGAAGACUAUGAGCGACGCCGGUCCGAGUGCUUGGAUGAAAUGUCGGACUUGGAGAAGCAGUUCUCCGAACUGAAAGAAAAGCUUUUCAAGGAGCGUCUGAGCCAGGUGAAGGCCAAGCUGGAGGAUGUGAUGUCGGGGAAAGCGGCAGAGUAUCUCGACCCCCUGGGGGUGCUGCAGAACCACAUGCAGAUCCGGAUCGAAGUGGCUGGGAUCUAUCGAGGUUUCUGCCUGGAGGUGAUCCACCACAAGCAUCGGUGUGAGCUUCAGGGAGCCCAGCAGCACCUGGAGAGUGAGAAGCUGCUGUUGUACGACACCCUUCAGGAACGCCUGCUGGAACGGAUCCAGCGCUUGGAGGAUGACCGGCACAGCGUGGACCUCACCUCCGAAUGGUGGGAUGACAAACUUCGACCAAAGCACAGUUCGAAGGAAUGGGAUGCUCUCCGGCCCGGCAAGAGGAAGAAACCGCCACUGGUGUCCGGCCCGUACAUUGUCUAUAUGUUGCAUGAUAUUGAUAUCAUGGAGGACUGGACGGCCAUCAAGAAGGCUAAAGCCGCAGUGUCCCCUCCGAAGAGGAAGCAAGAAGGCCUGGUGAAGGCUGAGAAGCGGGCGUCCCCUACGCGGUACUCUGCCCACUGCGAAGAGGGCCACCUCCACUAUGAGGGCGACAUCUAUGCCAGAGGGCAAAGCAUCUCCUUGCAGGUCGGGGAUGAAGCGCCUGUCCAAGCCGUGAUCACCGCCAUCAGCACGGGAGAGGUUUGGCUCCGCAGGGCGGAUGGCAGCAAAACCAAAAUCUACGUGUCCCAGCUCCAGAAGGGCAAAUACUCGGUCCACAGAGCCUAGUGCCCGCUGGGGGGGCCGCGGCCUCUGCUCCCCGCUUCUGGAUCCCGAACAGCCCUCCAAAGGAGCCGGUGGUCGCAACACCCCCUCUCUGUGCCUGCUUGGGCUGGGCCCGUGGGAAGCCGCUUGCCGCCAUGGGUCGCCUGCAGCUGGGACGGGACGACAGCCCUCCUGCCGUGGGAUGCUCCCACCCCCACCCCACUGGUUCUGCUGCCGUUCUGAUUGGGCUUGCCGUCUGUGUCCUCCCUCUCCUUGGGGACGAUGGGGGUGGGAGGGUGCAAGCACUUAUUUCUCCAAGAGACCUCAAAUAAAACACCAAAGUGAGAUUCUU